GCGACGACGUGACAAGUCGGUGUCCAUAUCUCCUCACUUACUUGCUCAAAACCUCUACUGUAGCAGCUAUGCCGGACACUCGCAAGCAAAGAGCUCGUCGAUCUGCUCCUUCCACUCCCAAAGCUAGCAAGUCUGCUGAGGAAGCCUCUCAUUCGCUACCACGAGCGAAACCGCUCAACGUGCCUGCUGCCCCUCCAAGAGCUACAAGGCUGCCAGCUUACUUCAUGGCUGCCUCGCUAUGCUUCCGAGUCUUUCUCUCGCCAAUGUGGCAGCUUGCUCAUACGGCCGGAGCUCUAGGACGACCAGCGUAUCCAGUCAAUUACACCCCAAAUCCCGUCGUUUGUACUGUGCAGGGCAAUUCCAGUAUGACGGCUGCCGAUGGGCCCAAGUUUUGCGAGCAUGAAGUCAUGCUCAAGGAUGCUGGACUCGUGAUCCUGAGUUGUGACCCAAACAGGGGUGAGUGGAAUACUGUCAUGGGCCCACUCAAUGAUCCGAGCGGCCGAGGACGACUUUUUGCGUACAAUUACGCAAAGCAAGCUGCCCCUGAACCCAUUGAGCUUGUUGAUUUUCCAGCCAAUUCGGACUUUCACUCUCUCGGCAUCGAUUACUUUGCAGAUGCCGAAAAGACUAGCUUGUUUGUGGUCAAUCACCAAAGAACGGGGCCCUCGAUUGAAGUGUUUACCUUUGAUCCUGCACAUCCUCUGCUGGCCAAGCAUCGAAUGACCAUCCCGGCUCACAAGGACAUCAAAAGUGCAAAUGGCAUUACAGCUCUCGGCCACAAUGCUUUCUACGUCACAAACGACCAUUCUUGGACCAGACUUAUGGAUGGACCCUUGAAAGCAAUGACGGAAACCUUUGGAAGCGCGAUCCUUGGUCGAGGCUGGAUUGCUCAUGUUCAGUGGCAGGAUCAAGGUCAACUGGAAUAUAUGCGUGCGUACACUGGUCUUCCCUUCCCCAAUGGUCUGGCCAAGGGUUCAAACAACACUCUCUUCAUGUCCUCCAGCGCUGGUGCUGUGCAUGUCUUCCAGCCUGCCAAUAGUUCAACUCCGUUGCUUAUUCAAAGAGAAUUUAUUCCACUAGGCUAUGCACUAGACAAUAUUGCAGUCACGACAGAAACCAAGGACGGCAAGCCUUCUGAUGUCCUCGUGGUGGGUGGACAUCCAAAUUUCGCAAUGCUCCGUCAAUUGGCAGGCAAUCCUCACGCGGCACGGUCUGAGCUGUACUCUCCAUCGUGGAUCACGCUUGCACGGAGGAGGUCGCUUCAUCAAAUUGAGCAUCCAAAAGAAGUGGCCAAGCGUUCUGGAGAAAAGAAUAAGCGUUACGAGCCCAAACAUCACAAGGAUUGGGACCUGCAGACCUUGUUUCAAGAUGACGGACGGUACUUUGGGACGAGUACGGGCGGCAGCGUCGAUCUUGCUCGUGGUGUCUUGAUUGGCACGGGUCUCUAUGAAACAGGGUUCUUGAGGUGUGAAGGGAUCGAUAAGCUUUGAAGGUAUCUACGGAAUCUGCAUUUUAUCUGCUAUCGUCUGCCAUCGCUCUACCGCUCGAUAAGGUGUGGUAAGCUUGGAGCCUGCGGUUCACGAUGCCGAACGCGGUGCCAGAAGGCGCAUCGGGAACAUCCGCCAAGUAUCGCUUUAACUCGGAAAUAAGGUCUUGAGCUGACUGGCAUA